ACGUUGCCUUGAUCUACUCCGACUCGGACGCACCCGAAACGACGGCAAAUCUUGCUGCAGAGAACGGGGUAAGAGUGCAAGCAUAUCAAUCCGACGUCACCUCUCGGGACACUAUUGCUGCGACGAUCAAUCAGAUCACGCGAGGAGUUUGGUCACGGCCGAUUGGAUGUUGUUGUUGCCAACGCCGGUGUCUGCACCAACUCACCAAACCUGGAGUACUCCGAGGAGACCUGGCGGAGAGAUAGUAGUGCAAACUACGUUGGUGCGAUGUGGACAGCCCAGGCAGCCGGAAAGAUCUUCAAGAGGCAGGGUAAAGGAAACCUUAUCAUCACUGCGUCAGUGAGCUCCAUUCUGGUGACUAUCCCUCAGACCCCAGUUGCAUACAAUGCCUCCAAGGCCGCUGUAGUGCAUUUGACAAAGAGCUUGCCCGUGGAGUGGUCCGAUUUCGCUCGUGUGAACUGCAUCUCCCCCGGAUUUAUUAUGACGAAGAGUAAGGUCGCCUAGUUGGGUGGGUAUGUGAAGAUGGAGCUAAAGAUAUCGCAGUGCUAACCCAGCAACCAAAGC